CUCUCACACUACAUAUAUAACAUCAUAAACUAACACAAACUACAACCUCGGAGACAGAGAAGAAAGAUCGCAGGUUGAUCAAUCGCCAUGUCUGACAUAGUCAACGAUGCUCUGAAGAAAUAUCUCCGCCAGCUUCAGCUUCAUCCUCUCAGAACCAAGGCAUUUACUGCAGCAUUUCUAGCUGGUUUUAGUGAUGCAGUGGCACAGAAGAUGGCUGGGGCCAAAAAGCUUCAGUUGAGAAGGUUGCUUCUUUUCGUGCUCUAUGGUUUCGCCUACUCAGGACCCUUUGGACAUUUUCUCCACAAAUUGAUGGAUAAAAUUUUUAAGGGGAAGACAGGCAAUGAGACUGUUGCUAAGAAGGUGAUUCUUGAACAGAUAACUAGUUCCCCAUGGAACAACUUUCUCUUCAUGAUGUACUAUGGCUUGGUUAUAGAAGGAAGACCUUGGAGUAUGGUCAUAAAUAAAGUUAAAAAGGACUACCCUUCUGUUCAGUUGACUGCAUGGAAGUUUUGGCCUGUUGUUGGCUGGGUGAACUACCAAUAUAUGCCUAUGCAGUUCCGUGUUAUAUUUCACAGUUUUGUUGCUGCAUGCUGGGGAAUCUUUCUGAAUCUGAGAGCAAGGACUGUUGCAAUAAAGAAGGCCUAGGAAAGAACAGAGCCUUCAGUUUUCAUACUUCUGGAUGAUUUUUAGUCCUUCUUGUUUUAACUUGUUUUCUAUUUGGAUUAUUCAUACUUUUAAUAUUUCAUUGGUUGUUAUGAACUUAUGUGGACUUUUGCAUGAGUAGUCAAAUCAGUUUAAAAAUAUGGAGUCAGUCAUGUUAAUUCUUGUAAAAUAGAACUUAGUAUAAAGCUGAAAGCUCAUUCAAUGAAUCAUUGAUCAA